ACGUCACGCUCAUAUAUUCAUAGGGAAAACGUUAAAUGUAAUCCGGUAAUUUCUUGACAUUAUGACGUAAAUGUGACGUUUUGAUUCUUGAACUUGGAGAAUUCUCAUCACAACACUUCAUUGUGUGUUUACUUUGGGCUGCUACCAGUCAGUCAGUUACUACAAGUGGUCAGUUGUGUGUCCCAGUUACUGUAUUAAAGGUAGACGUGUGGUGGUGGCUGCUGUGAUCUGUGUCAUAAUGCCCAUUAAUUAUAGUUCUGAUGCCAUGGAUAUUACAUCGGCAUUCUCAACAUAUGGUUCAUGUGUGGAACGAGAAACGGAAGUACGGGAAAAUGUACAGUCAGCUGUGAGGGACCUAGAGAAAACUUCCUACACAAUUAAUACUAUUCUUGAAAAGAUGCACAACACACAAGGAAUUCAGAAUCUUCAGACAAUAUGUGAAGAGUGUCAUACAGAACUGACAAAGGUUCCAGCCCUUUAUGAAGCACUGCAGGAAAAAGUCCCUCCUGGGGAGUUCUACCGAUAUCACCACAAUUUCCGAGGGACCACGCAGCGACUGGUAGCAGCCACAUGCCUCAUUACAUACUUAGAGGAGAAUCGUUUAGCUCCCCAUGAAGAAGUGGCCAAGUCCCUGGGUCUGUGUACACAGCGAGAGAGAGGUUUUCACCUGGACCUGGAAGACUACCUCCAGGGUACACUUGGUAUCAGCCACGAACUCUCAAGGCUUGCCAUUAAUUCAGUUAGUGCAGGGGAUUAUUCUCGACCAUUCCAGAUACGACAGUUCCUACGUGAUCUCCACUCGGCGUACUCUCUCCUUUUUCCUAAAAAUGAGUUACGAAAGAAAUUUGAUGAGCUCAAAUACUCAUUGAAGAAAACAGAAGAGGUUGUCUACAAUUUGUCUCUGCGAGGACUUAAGCCGCAAGAUAUUGAAACUUCAGGUUAGGAAGCUCUGAUCACUACACUGUAUUUACCUUAGAUGGAAAAUAUAAGAUCUCAGACUUAUAGUAACCUGAAUGACUUGAAAUAUUUGUGUUCUAGACUUAAGAAUUGUAAACCACCUGUAAAUUAUUCAAGGUACUGUACUGUAUUAGUAUUUUUGUAUCAUAAGGAUUCAUGUUACAUGUAUUCAUUAACUGGUUAAAAAGAAUCACUGUUGUUCAGUAUUGACAGUCCACCAGUAGUAGCAGUGAUCAUGUUUAUUUCAUGUGUGAUGAGAGGACUUACUCAUUACCUUUUUUUUACAUCACAACUAAUGACUUUUUUUUUAAUAUGGAAAUAGUUUGUGGUUGUUGAGGUAUUUUAGAGAUUUCUGUACUCAUCAUUUCACCCCACAUACACUUGGGAGAGAAGUAAAGAUAAUAGGUAAGUAUAUGGACAUUUUGUUCAUUAUGUGUUCAUUGAAUAAAGAAAAUAAAAAUCUUAUUCCAGUAUACAGGGUACUUAGAAAAGUAAUAUACUGUAUGCUUGAAAAAGAAUAUAGCUACUUAUGAACACUGUAACAGUAAGAUUUUGAGAUGAAAGAAAAUACAGUAAAUUCUCCCAAUACCAGACUAAUUUGUACAAGUCCUGUCCCUUAUUGGAAGAAUUCCCUGAAUGGGGGGUUUCCUUUGUGGUUCCUACAGUCUACUGGUCAUGGAGUUUUUGUGUUGAUUUUUUAGAGAAUUUACACUUUCUUUGAUACUAUGCACUUUGUUCUCUUUUUACACUCCUGCUCUCAAUACCACCACUUUUCUGUUUGUUCUGAGACAUUUCAAGGGCAAUACAGAUGGUUGGGAUCCACACUAAUGUACGUUGAGUGAUGAAGAAUAAUGCAGGCAGUGUGAGCACACCAUCAAGUGGGAUGCUUAGGCGCUCUUGAGUCUAGUAAGUUUCAACAUGCACCAUGUGGUCAGUAACAGACAAUAUUGCUAUAACUGGAUCUUGCUGUCUGAGUCCACUAAUUACCUGACAAAAUUCUUGCUUUAUUGAAAAACUCCUUUAUUAAAAAAGUUUACCAUAGCUUUUAUGUUAACAUCUUGAAAAUACUGUACUUUGUUUUUGAUGUGUUCAAAGUGCUCAUAAAUUUUCUACAAGUGAUGUAGAUUACAGUGAAACCUCUAUAUAACAGACUUCUCUCUCCAUGUGAUCCGUUAGUUGGUGUGUUUAACAUUUAAAGAGCCUCGAUAUAAUGGACUUUCCCCUCCAUAUACAGUAGUCUGUUAAAUAGAUCUUUCACUGUAUGGGUAUUACUGUACUGUAGAUUUGAUAUAGUACACUGUACAGUCAUGCGCCAGUUAACGUCCUAGAUACGUUCUUGGAAACGUGACGUUAACCGAAAUGGACAUUGUCCGAUCAUCA